UCUCUCACUCUCACGCUCUCGCUCUCUCUUUCUCUCUCUCUCUCGCUCUCUCUCUCUCUCUCACUGUGUUUCAUUCAGUGCACAAACAAAAGGCGCAAGUCAAAGAGUUUGUCCUUGACAGGAAGAAAGGCAAACCGAUCAAUGGUGUAACCUGACGGCUUUACAAAUGGCUUGUCUCUGUGUUUCCUGCGUCCUGGACAGUGAUUGGUGUAACCUGACGGACGACGGAGUGUGGUCCAGUGAGGGCAGAAGAUGCUGCGGCGACCCCAGAUGUCUGUGUGUGGGCUACUGAUGUGUGUGUGCGUGUGUGUGAGCAGCUCUAGGAUUAGUGUGUUGUGUUCUGAAGAACGAGUCUGCAGAGACAUAAUCUCUCAAGAGGUGUUGCAGAACUGUCUGCGUGCGUGUGCUGAGCAGCAGGGCCUAGACUCCGCCUCCCCAGUGGAGCAUCAGGGGUCAGCUCUGGCCCCUCCCCCCACGCGGUGGGAGGAGGAGGAGGAGGAGGAAGAGCGGAGCGUGGCGCUGGGGGUGCUCCUGACCCUCCUGUCCCCCCCUCCUGGCCUCCGUCCAGACGAGGCCCACAGCGCCGAGCGACGCGCCUACUCCAUGGAGCACUUCCGCUGGGGCAAACCCGCCGGCCGCAAGCGCCGCCCCGUCAAGGUGUACACCAGCGCGGGGGUCAGUGGGGGCGUGGGAGAGGGUGCGGACAACAGGAGGGCCCUGGCCACUCAGGAGGAGGAGGAGGAGGAGGAAGAGGAGGAGCAGAAGAGGGAGAUGAGGGAGGGGGAAGCCCCCACCAAACUCACCUACCGCAUGAAACACUUCCGCUGGAGCCACCCGCCCCCCCAGGCGGACAAGCGCUACGGGGGCUUUAUGAAGCCCUGGGCCGCCUCAAGCCAGCUUUCCCACAAGCCCCUGCUCAAGCUGCUGCGCCACGCCAUCGCCAGGGACGGCCACUAGGGGGGACAGUGUGUGUGUGUGUGUCUGUGAGUGUGUGUCUGUGUGUGUGGUGUAUUUGUAUAUGUGUGU